AUGACCUACGCUUCCCCAAUUGAUAUAUCGAGUUUCACCGAAUUGGAAGAAAAACACGAUGAACUCUCCGAAUGUGUUUUUGCACUCGAUAUCGGCGGCUCUCUUGCAAAACUUGCUUACCAAACGACUUUCCGCUACAAAGUUUGUCUGCCAAAACAGCUGCCUGACCCCCAUUCGAAAAGAAAAAUGACCGUCUGUGGUCCUUUUGAUUUCUAUGAUUAUCGCGAACACGAAUAUGAAGGCCACAAACUAUGUUUUAUCAAGUUCGAAACACGCUUCAUUGAAGCAUGUCUGGACUUCAUUCGCGAAAAUAUAAUACCAAACGUUGUUAAUAGCCACCAAAAAUUGGUGGGCCGGGUCACAGGCGGUGGGGCAUUCAAGUUCUUAAGUACAAUUACAACAAAACUUCCGGGCAUCACAAUAGAACGCGAGGACGAGAUGGAGUCUCUUGUACGGGGCUGCGCCUUUCUUCUUCGAAACAUUCCAGACGAAGUUUUCACGUAUGACAAGCGCGCCGAACCUGCUCAUAUCUUCCUGUCUUCAUGCAUGGUGGACACUUACCCUUUCUUGCUCGUUAACAUUGGAUCGGGCGUCAGUUUCCUAAAGGUGGAAGCUGGCGGCUCGUACUCUCGCGUCGGAGGCACAUCUUUAGGUGGAGGCACUUUUUGGGGCAUUGGCGCACUGUUGUCUGGAGAUGGACCCUCCUUCGACACACUUCUGGAGUUAGCCGACCAAGGCGACCACCGCAAGGUCGACAUGCUGGUGCGAGACAUCUACGGGGGAGCCUACGAGUCUCUGGGUCUGGCGGGUGACGUAAUUGCCAGCUCCUUCGGUCUUGCGGCCCGUCGACCCGAUGAGACUCGACGACCUGCUGACUUGAUAAAGGCCCUUCUUAUUGCUGUCAGCAACAAUAUCGGCCAGCUGGCUUGUCUUUAUGCUCGCCUAAACAACGUUCAGAGGAUUCUCUUUGGCGGGUUCUUUAUUCGAGGCCACGGCCUAACAAUGGAGGUAUGUUCAAUUAAGCACUAA